AUGCCAGCUCUAGGGGUGCACUAUGACCAGAUCUUCUGGCGAUACGAUGAGGACACCACGGUGACUGUCUGGGAGUCCCUGGGCGACCUAUCCCGGCAAGGCCGUGGCUGGAUAUAUCUCGACAAGGGGCGCCUUCGGGGCGCAGAAAUCGAAGCACGGUUUAUCGAAAAGGCGAAAGCAAGCGGGCUUACUGACGAAGAAGCCAAGAGUGCUUUCAACCAGAAUAUGAUAUCCAUGCCUCGACUACCAACCAUGAUCCAGGUGAUAAGAUUCGGCUAUGCUUCGAUUUGA